CCCAAGAACGCGCUACGUCAGCUCAGUCCUCCAUUUUUAGCAGAAUUUGAAUUGCGCGGCUUGGGCUCUACUUCCUGGAAGCAUGAUGGCUGCUGCUUUCUCCAUGGAGCCUAUGGGUGCUGAACCAAUGGCACUUGGAUCACCAACAUCUCCAAAACCCAGUGCUGGUGCCCAGUUCCUGCCUGGCUUUCUACUGGGGGACAUACCAACACCAGUAACUCCACAGCCACGUCCAUCUUUAGGCAUAAUGGAAGUGCGGUCACCUUUACAUUCAGGUGGCUCACCCCCACAACCCGUACUACCUACUCAUAAAGAUAAGAGUGGAGCACCACCUGUUAGAAGCAUAUAUGAUGACGUUGCAAGUCCGGGUCUUGGUUCGACACCUCGGAAUACAAGGAAGAUGGCCAGCUUUUCUGUGUUGCACACUCCACUUUCUGGAGCUAUACCAUCAAGUCCAGCUGUCUUUAGUCCUGCAACCAUUGGGCAAAGCAGAAAAAACACCCUAUCCCCUGCUCAGAUGGAUCCCUUUUAUACUCAAGGUGAUGCCCUGACUUCCGAUGACCAGUUGGAUGAUACCUGGGUGACUGUGUUUGGGUUUCCACAAGCUUCUGCUUCUUAUAUUUUACUACAGUUUGCACAGUAUGGGAACAUCAUAAAGCACGUGAUGUCAAACAAUGGCAACUGGAUGCAUAUACAAUAUCAGUCAAAAUUACAGGCCAGAAAAGCACUGAGUAAAGAUGGAAGGAUAUUUGGAGAAAGCAUAAUGAUUGGAGUAAAACCUUGCAUAGAUAAGAGUGUAAUGGAAGCCACUGAAAAAGUGUCAACACCUUCUGUGUCAUCAGUUUUCACACCACCAGUAAAGAGCAUAAGGACUCCUACACAAUCUGUUGGUACUCCAAGAGCCGCAUCCAUGAGACCCCUUGCUGCUACUUAUAGAACACCCACUAGUGCCGAUUAUCAGGUUGUGUCUGAUAAACCAGCUCCACGAAAGGAUGAAAGCAUUGUAUCGAAAGCAAUGGAGUAUAUGUUUGGCUGGUAGCAUUUUCUCUUCGUCUUCUACUCCACAUGCUGCCAAGGUCUUUGGUUAGUUAUAUAACCAUAAAUGACAGAUCUAUGAAUUUUGCCUAACAAUCCUAUGCUGCAAUGCAUUUAUGAAAGUAAAUGCACCAAAAAAUCAUGAACUUUGGCUUGUACACUGCUUUUCAUGUAUAAAUGUUUAGACAAUAUCUUGUAUGUAUCAUACUUCACUACAAAAUAAUGAGGUCUUUCCUUGGAACAUGUCAAAACUCUCUCCAAGACUUACACACACGAUAACAUCCAUUUCCUUAAUAUCCAAAUUCCUUUUAAUGUGCUUCUUGGUCCCAGGCUGGUUGCCAAUGCACCAUAUGGUGUUCAAUUAAGGGAACUUAUGUGACCAGCCUUUAUCAUUCUUUUAUUGUUUAUGGCCAUUUAUCUAAAUGAUUUUAAGUUUGUUUGGAAAAUGUCUCAUUUCACACAAAUGUCUUCUAUUGUCAUCUUUUAAUGUUUUAACCUGUUUCCAAAUAAAUUGUAUUUUGCUAUUUACAUCAAA